GGCCCGGAGUCGUCGCGCGCGUCGCUGCGGCUGGCCCCGGCGAGGUGCCGGCGCCUGAGGGCUGGGUCACGAUGGCGGCCGAGGCCGUGGCUUCGCGCCUGGAGCGGCAGGAGGAGGACAUUCGCUGGCUGUGGGCGGAGGUCCAGCGCUUGCGAGACGAGCAGCUGAGCGCGCCCGAGCGGUGCGGGGCUGACGGGCCGAGCCUCACGCGCGAGGUGGCGCAGCUGCGGGCGGAGAACCGCGACCUGCGCCAGCGCCUGGGCCGCCUCUUCUCCUAGUCAAAGCCAAGAAAAGGACACUAAAAAGAAGAAAUUAAAAGAAAAUGGGCUUGACAGUGAGGUGAAACAACCAAAUUUCAUAAAAGAAAGAUUGCAACUAUUUGAAACAGUGAAGAAAGAUCAUCAGCACUUACUUUCUAUUUAUGAAAAAAAGGAGAAUACAAGCAAUGUGAUCACAGUGAGAAUGGCUGAUGGAAAAACAGUGAGAGGGGAAGUGUGGAAAACAACGCCUUACCAAGUGGCUGCUGAGAUCAGUCAAGAGCUGGCAGAAAACACAGUAAUAGCCAAAGUGAAUGGGGAAUUGUGGGACCUCGACCGCCCGUUGGAAGGAGAUUCCACUCUCGAGCUGCUCAUGUUUGAUAAUGAGGAGGCUCAAGCUGUGUACUGGCACUCCAGUGCUCAUAUUCUUGGUGAAGCCAUGGAACUCUACUACGGAGGCCACCUAUGCUAUGGCCCACCCAUUGAAAAUGGAUUUUACUAUGACAUGUUCAUUGAAGACAGAGCAGUGUCCAGCACCGAGUUGGCAGCCCUGGAAAACAUAUGUAAAACCAUUAUAAAAGAAAAGCAGCCUUUUGAAAGAUUGGAAGUCAGCAGGGAAACUCUCCUGGACAUGUUUAAGUACAAUAAGUUUAAAUGCCGGAUUCUGAAGGAGAAGGUCAGCACACCAACUACCACCGUGUACAGGUGCGGUCCACUAAUUGACCUUUGUAAAGGCCCCCAUGUAAGACACACAGGAAAAAUUAAAAGCAUAAAAAUCUUCAAGAAUUCCUCAGCAUAUUGGGAGGGCAAUCCUGAAAUGGAAACAUUGCAGAGGAUCUAUGGAAUAUCCUUUCCUGAUAACAAAAUGAUGAAAAUGUGGGAAAAGUUCCAAGAGGAAGCCAAGAACCGAGAUCACAGGAAAAUUGGAAAGGAACAAGAGCUUUUCUUUUUCCAUGAUCUGAGUCCUGGAAGUUGUUUUUUUCUUCCUAGAGGAACUUUCAUUUAUAAUACACUUACGGAUUUCAUACGAGAGGAAUAUCACAGCCGUAACUUCACAGAAGUGCUGUCUCCUAAUGUGUACAACAGUAAACUCUGGGAAACCUCAGGCCACUGGCAGCAUUACAGUGAGAACAUGUUUACCUUUGAUAUUGAAAAGGAUACUUUCGCCCUUAAGCCCAUGAAUUGUCCAGGACACUGUCUAAUGUUUGCCCAUCGUCCGCGAUCUUGGAGGGAAAUGCCCAUUAGAUUUGCUGAUUUUGGAGUUCUUCAUAGAAACGAACUGUCAGGGACUUUAAGUGGCUUAACCCGAGUCAGACGCUUCCAGCAGGAUGACGCUCACAUCUUCUGCACGGUGGAGCAGAUUGAAGAAGAAAUAAAGGAGUGCUUGCAGUUUUUGCAGUCUGUUUAUUCAGCCUUUGGCUUUUCCUUUGUAUUAAACCUAUCAACAAGGCCUGAAAACUUUCUAGGAGAGAAGGAAAUGUGGGAUGAAGCUGAGAAGCAACUGCAGAAUAGUUUGAUGGAAUUUGGAAAACCAUGGAAAAUAAACCCAGGAGAUGGAGCAUUUUAUGGCCCUAAGAUUGAUAUAAAAAUCAAGGAUGCUAUUGGCAGAUACCAUCAGUGUGCUACAAUUCAACUGGAUUUCCAAUUGCCUAUUAGAUUUAAUCUCACAUAUGUUAGUAAGGAUGGAGAUGAUAAAAAGAGACCUGUGAUCAUUCACCGAGCCAUAUUGGGAUCAGUAGAAAGGAUGAUUGCCAUUCUCUCAGAAAACUAUGGGGGAAAAUGGCCUUUCUGGCUAUCUCCACGUCAGGUAAUGGUCAUCCCUGUGGGGCCAACUUGUGAAAAAUAUGCACUUAAGGUAUCCAGUGAAUUUUUUGAAGAAGGAUUUAUGGCUGAUAUUGAUUUAGAUGACAGUUGUACACUGAACAAGAAAAUACGAAAUGCACAGUUGGCUCAGUAUAAUUUUAUUUUGGUGGUUGGAGAAAAGGAAAAGAUAAAUAAUGCUGUAAAUGUUCGAACAAGAGACAACAAAAUUCAUGGAGAGAUUUCAAUAACUUCUGCCAUUGAUAAAUUGAAGACUCUCAAGAAAUCACGAACACUAAAUGCUGAGGAAGAGUUUUAAAGACCUUUCCUUGUACUCGCUUCUUGUUUUGCCUUUGAAAAAUGUAUUUUUCUUAAACAGUUAACAUGUCAGUACUUCUAACUACUUUGGACGCACUGAUGGGUUCACUUAUGGGGUCAGUUGAGAAAGAAACGAUGAAUGAGCAGAUGAUGUAUACAGCACUAAAUUCAUUAAUGUGUCCUGACAAUGAUAAGAGGAGCCGCUUUGCACAUUUGCAAUGUCUUCACCCUCAGUGGUGAAAUGUUACUCACUGGAAGAAGGAAACACUAGGAAAUGAAAAUUAUGGAAAGCUAUUGCUAAGAUUUGUGAUUUUUCGAAAAGGAGGCUUUAGGCUGGGGAUGUAGCUAGGGGUAGAGCACUUGCCUAGAACAGCUGAGGCCCUGGGUUCAAGCCCCAGCAUUUAAAAAAAAAAGGUUCAAAUAAAAGUCUUCAAAUCUGUUUUGAAUAUGGAAAACAAUAUUAUUUUCCAGUAAUAUUAUGUCUCAGGUAUUUUUAUGGCUGUAUAUUACCAAAGUUCACACUGAAACUUUAUCUCCCAAAUUGGAAUCAUUCGUUUUAAACUAAGCAGUAACUGUAAGAAACAACUAGCACUGAAUAUUGGGUUACUGAUAAAGGGCUCUGAAUCUUAAAAGAAAUUCAUUGCUAUGGGAUCUUUUAUUUGCACUGCUGGUUAAGAGUUGCAGUUUUAAUGCUUCUAAUUGCUAAUUCUUAAUUCACCUUUAGAAAAAAUAAAUUCCCAAGAUAAAAUGCAUAAUGGUGUCUCCAGUGAUUCAGUCACAGCCUUAGACACAGAGUUAAAUUUUUUUUUUUGAAAGGAUCACAUUUCACUGAUUUAUAGACUCAAAUGGUUACUGAUUUUAACUGAAAAUACCUUAUUGCUCAGAACAUAAUUAAAAUGGUUUUAGGCAAAUAGCUGCUUAGUUAUCAAGAAAUAUUUAUUCAAUAUUUGGCAAGGUGCUGCAGAAUUUAAAAUAAAUCCAAGAAAUGA